UUCCGCAGCGUCUAUUAAUUUACCAGCGGAGUUCUUGCGGACAAUUUUCCCGACUGAUAAACGCGAGACUUAUCGCAAUCGAGAUCGCUGCACAGUGUUGCAUUUAAUCGGUGAAGAUCCGGUGAUGGCGUCGCGAAGCAGAGCGAGUACCAGCGGCAGCGCCGGCGGUGGCGGAAAUGAUGUCAGAGGCGAAAGCAUGGUGAUAGAUGUUGGCCGCAGGAAAAGCACAUGUGGCUACUGUAAAUCUGGUGCCUACACGAGUAUAUCUCACGGGCUAUGGGCAGAGAGUCUCACCGUUGAUGAUUAUCAAGCUCUUCUCGACAGGGGCUGGAGAAGAUCUGGCUGUUUCUUGUACAAACCAGACAUGAAGAAAACUUGCUGCCCCUCAUAUACUAUUCGUCUCAAAGCUAGUGAUUUUGUUUCUUCUAAAGAGCAAAUUCGAGUACAAAAGAAGAUGCAAAGGUUUCUAGACGGCAAAUUGGAUGCACAAAAGCUGGACAAGUCAAAUGCUGAACUAAAUACUUAUGGAGGAUCAUGUAGUAAUGCAAGCGAUAAAGGAGACAGUUCUGCUAAAAUGGAAUCAUGUCUAGUUGGUCGUGAUGGCAACGACAAAUCGGAGCAGACUAUGCAACUUUUGUCUGAAAAAGUCGACAAUGCUGCAAAAUCAUACAUCCAGUGUAUGGACAUUAAAUCCGAAGUACAUUUGCCAAUUGCUACCGUUAGAAAAGUUGCAUCAGCUAAAAGGAAGUUGCACGCAGAAAUGUCUGAAGAACUCAUUUUCUCUUGCAACAUCGCCUUUCAGAUUGCAGCCGCUCUAAAGCGAUUGAAGAAAGAUAUCGGCAAUGGGAGAUCAUCUGAAAAUGAAGACUCGACCGACCUUUCUCCUAAAAUGAUCGCCGAAAGUUUAUCUAGCCAUUUGAAGGAGCUGGGAACUUGUGGUUUGACAGCAAGAGCGUGCAAUGGACACAUAAAUUUCUAUUCUACAGCUAAGAAAGCCGAGUUCGUCGAAGCCGAGAAAAUCACAAAACUGAAACCAUCUCCAACACCUGUAGAGGAAAGCUCGGGUGGAAGUGUUCAACGCAGACGGAAGAGACUCGAGAUUCUGAUGAAAAGAUCCACCUUCGAUUCCGAAGAAUACUUUCUAUACAGGAAAUACCAGCUUCAAGUCCACAACGACAAGCCUGAGCAAGUCACCGAAAGUUCGUACAAGAGAUUUCUAGUCGACACUCCUUUAGUGUACGUUGAACCAACGGGUGACAGCGAUGUUGACAUUCCUCCUUGUGGCUUCGGCUCUUUCCAUCAGCAGUAUGUGUUGGACGGGAAACUUAUUGCUGUUGGUGUCAUCGAUAUCCUCCCCAAAUGUUUGUCGAGCAAAUACUUGUUUUGGGAUCCCGACUUGGCGUUCUUAUCGCUCGGCAAGUAUUCUGCAUUAGAAGAAAUUCAAUGGGUCCGUGAGAGCCAACUACGAUGCCCGACCCUCCAGUACUAUUAUCUCGGCUAUUACAUUCACUCCUGCAGCAAGAUGAGGUACAAAGCUUCGUAUCAACCGUCCGAGCUCCUCUGCCCCCUUCGCUUCGAGUGGGUUCCGUACGACAUUGCGAAGCCGUUGCUCGACGGACAAAAAUAUGUGGUUUUAUCCGAUUGGCGCUCUUUACAAACCGGAGAGUCGUUGCAAUCAUCAUACGAUGUUGCUUCCGAUAAGGAAAAGCAUCAAAGCUCCUUUCCCGACGAGGCCUCAAACGAUGUUCUUGUGAACGACGACGAGAUGACGGAAAUCGACUCGGAUUGUUCCGACAGCGAAUCGGACUGUGAAGCUAGCGGUGCGCCGGAGGAUGUCGACACCAGCAAUGUUCUGCUCGGUAUAAGAGGCAAUCGUCUGCGAUACCAAGACGUAAAACAUGCAUUCGAUCCCCGGAAGAGGGAGUCGUUCGAAGUCCAGUUACAGAGAUACGCUAACGUGGUCGGCUUAGACCUCUCCAAUCGAAUGGUUUACUCCCUCGGAUGAUACAUUCUCGGACAUACAUCCAUCCUUGUCUUCGUACCAGGUUCGCCUCACGACCCCUCUCGUCAUAUGUUUGCACCUUUGUAUAAUAAGCACUCGUAGUUUAUUUCCGAGUGUCGACAUGAUUCGAUGGCCAGGCCGAGUCAUGUUGCAUGAUCUCAGCCGCCGUUCAGACACUCAAUUCUUUCCUGUUGUCUAAAACUGGAAGCUUUUCACUUCUGUACAUAUAAUGUGUCUAAAUGGAAAUGUUACUCGUA